AUGGCCAACGGUGGGAUAGAUUCACUUCAACUACCAAUGCUUACCAAGCUCAAUUAUGACAAUUGGAGCAUCAAGAUAAAAGCGUUACUAGGAGUACAAGACGUGUGGGAGAUCGUGGAGAACAGUUUCCAAGAGACAGAAGCUGGAGCCGAUCAAGCACAAAGAGAUGCGUUAAAGGAGACAAGAAAGAAGGACAAGAAGGCCCUUUAUAUCUUGUAUCAAUUGGUGGACGAAGAUACGAUUGAGACCAUCGCCAAUGCGAAGACAUCAAAGGCGGCAUGGGACAAGCUCCAAUCGACUCAUAGAGGAGCCGAUCGUGUGAAAAAGGUACGGUUGCAAACCUUACGUGGUGAGUUUGAAUCUUUACAAAUGAAGGAGAUGGAGGUGAUAGUGGAAUAUCACACAAAAGUAAUGGCUGUCGUCAACCAAUUGAGACGAAAUGGUGAAGAAAUCACUGAUGUUCGUGUCAUGGAGAAGGUUCUACGAAGCCUAAAUACAAAGUUCGAGAUUAUUGCCACGACGAUCGAGGAGACACAGGAUCUCGAGAACAUGACAAUUGAACAAUUUAUAGGCACGUUACAAGCCUAUGAGGAGAAAAAGAAAAGGAGGAUGGAGCAAACAGAGACCAUUAAACAACUUCUCCAACUCAAAAUUAAGGAGGAGAAUAGUCGUGGACGUGGAAGAGGUCGUGGUGGUCGAGGCCAUAAUGGAAGAGGUGAAGCCAACAUCGAUGUUUCUCAAAACUCGUCUAAAUCCUCAAGAGGAAGAGGAGGUCGAGGUCAUGGAAGACGUAAUGGAAGGUCCAGAAGAGAUAAAUCUCAGGUAAAAUUUUAUAAUUGUAACAAAUAUGGACAUUAUGUGGAUGAGUGUUACUCAUCUCAAACAGAGUCGAUUGAUCGAAAGCAUCAGGAUCGAUCAACCGCUAGCACAUCAAAAGCCCAUCAAGGGCAAUCAAUUAUGCAGAGGAGAAUGGAACCUUAUUUAUGGUUUCAAAGGGAGAAGAAGAGAGUCAAGAUAGUAUGUGGUAUCUUGACACAGAAGCCUCGAAUCACAUGUGUGGAAAACGCGAGAUGUUUGUGGAGUUGA